AUUGAUUCCCACUUGUUUGCACAAUGACUGCUGAUACUGCACAACAACUACCCCGUUGUCAUAAUGACUUUAGAAGCGACACCUUCACAAUUCCUACUCCCACUGUUCUCCAAGCUGCUUUGAAUGCCUCCUUAGGCGAUAGUGUCUAUGAUGAAGACGAAGACACUUUAAAGCUCGAGAAUUAUGUUGCUGAAUUGACCGGUAAAGAAGCUGCUUUAUUUUGUGUUUCAGGCACUUUAUCCAACCAAAUUGCUAUUCGUUCCAAUUUAUUUCAACCUCCCCAUUCGGUUUUAUGUGAUUCAAGAGGUCACAUCUAUGUCCACGAAGCUGGUGGUUUAGCCACCUUAUCUCAAGCAAUGGUGACUCCAGUUAAACCUUCCAAUGGCAAAUACAUUACUUUGAAUGAUAUUAUACAAAAUAUCGAACUUGAAGAUGAUAUUCAUUAUGCUCCAACCAAAUUAAUCAGUUUAGAAAACACUAUUGAGGGAGUCAUUAUCCCUAUUGAUGAAAUUAAAAAAAUCAGUGAUUUUGCUAAAGCAAAUAAUCUCAAACUACAUCUUGACGGCGCAAGGUUAUGGAAUGCGUCAAUUGAAACUGGAAUCCCUAUCAGUGAAUAUUGUCAAUACUUUGAUUCUGUUUCUCUUUGUUUAUCGAAAUCUUUGGGUGCUCCAAUUGGUUCUGUCUUGGUUGGUAGCAAAAAAUUUAUUAAAACUGCUAAUCAUUUUAAAAAACAAAAUGGUGGUGGUAUUAGACAGGCUGGUAUUAUUACUUCAAUCGCAUUAGCUGCUUUGAAGGAAAACAUAAAGAAAUUGAAAAAAUCUCAUUUAAUGGCAAAAGAAUUAGCUCUUUUCUGUCAAAAGCAUGGUAUAGCCUUGGAAUUACCUGUAGAUACAAAUUUUGUUUUUCUUGAUUUAGUGAAAAAUAAAAUGGAUCCUCAAGUUUUAAUACAAUUUGGUGAAAAAUAUAAUGUUAAACUAAUGGGUAAUAGAAUUUCUUUCCAUUUUCAAAUAUCUCCACAAAGUCUUGAGAGUGUUAAAAAUGCUAUUCUUGAUUCAUUUUUUUAUGCAAAAGACCAUCCUUAUGAUCCUGUUGGCAUAGUUCAUACCUAUAAUAGAAAGUUGGAAAAUGGAAAAUAACAAAAAUACUACUGAACAAUUAUCUAUUGAUUAUCAUCUAUUAUCUAAUUAUUAUUUUGAUUACUUUUCUU